GCAGAGUAGCCGACAGCAGACGGCUCAAGUGCGGCUGCGAAUAACGCCAGGCCAGCUUGUUUAUUUAGAUUAAUAAGAUUUAAUCAAAAUAUUUUUAAUCAUGUUGUCACGCAACUUGAGUGCAUUGGUGCGAUUCUCCGUGCGAAAGUUGACUACUCAGGCGGCAGCAUCAAAUGCUGCGGAAUAUUCUAUCCCAACACCGGAAUCAGUUUAUAAAACAGAUCCAGCUCCUUAUUUUUUUAAUGAAGAAGUCCAACAACUUCUUUUAAAAGUAACUCGUCCAGAUCCGAGUAAAGUUUUCAGAAGACAAUUGGAUGGACGCAGUCUUGAAGCUCCAGAGUAUAAAUUUAUGACUGAUGAAGAUUUGGCCAAAGCUAGGGAAGAAGCUCAUAAAAAAAUGAUUGAUUUACUUCAAAUGCCCCCAAUUGUGAAAGUUAGAGAAGAUAAUGUAAAAAUUUUAAAGCGUGAUGAAGAACUCGAAGGAUAUAGCACUCAUAAAUUUGUUUUUACUGACACUACUUUUGGUGUAAGUAACAAAAAAAGGAUAAUUGUUGUUAGAGAACCAAAUGGGGAUUUGAGAACUGCCAAUUAUGAGGAAAGAGAUCGUUUGAAUCAAAUCUACUUUCCUAUAGCUGGUCGAGAAGUUUACCCACCAAAAAUGUUUCAGCCAGAACAUCUAGAGCCAAUAUUAGACAGAGAAGACUAUGAUUUUAUAUUAAAUAGAGUUUGUGUACAAUUUGAUCCAGACCACCCAGAAUUCCAUAGAGUUUCUCAACUUACAUAUGAUAGAAUUUAUGAAAAAGGACAUUAUGAAAAGUUGAGAUCCACCAGACAUUAUGGUCCCAUGGUAUUUUACUUAACUUGGUGCAAGAAAAUAGAUAAUCUAUUGAUUGAAAAUAUUGCUCAAGAAUUUAUAGAAGAUGCAGCUUUGACGAUAAAACUUUAUUAUAUUUUACAUCCAAGUGAUAAUGUCCCUAAGGGAGUAGAUAAUAUCAAACUCAUUCAACAUUACUUAGAUAAUGACUGCAAUUCUCAAUGUAAAAGAAGAUUAGACAAUACACUUAAAAUGCAUCUAGAAUUAGAAUCUGAGAGGAAAAAAGUUAAUGAAGACUUAGAUUAGGUAAUUUAACAAUCCACACUCAAAGUUUGUACAUGUAAAUAAUAAAUUUUUACUAACAGAAAACUGAA